UGACUUAUGACGUUCUGUCACAGUGGUGUUGGUCGAUAACGCGAAAACUUGAAAAUAUACAGAAAAAAUUAUUUUUCUAUCGGGAAAUCUUUACCAUUCGGGAGUCUUUUUACGUGCACACACAGCAACUUUGGGCUUCAGCUUAAACCGAAUUGAAAGAAUUCAAUUGCGAUUUGCAUUUUAGUAGCAGCAUCUAAUUUUCUUCACAAAAACUCGAGCGAAACAAAGAAAAGAAAAAAUGAGUGAAGGUUGCAUUUUCAACAUUGAUGGUGGCUACUUAGAGGGUCUGUGCCGUGGUUUCAAGUGUGGCAUAUUGAAGCAGUCCGACUACCUAAAUCUGGUGCAGUGUGAAACUUUAGAAGAUUUAAAAUUGCACUUGCAAAGUACCGAUUAUGGUAGCUUCUUGGCCAAUGAGCCAUCGCCACUUUCCGUGUCCGUGAUCGAUGACAAAUUGCGCGAGAAACUCGUCAUUGAAUUCCAGCAUCUACGUAAUCAUGCUGUAGAGCCAUUGGCCAGCUUCCUGGAUUUCAUCACUUAUGGCUACAUGAUUGAUAACAUCAUUUUGCUCAUCACUGGCACACUUCAUCAGCGCCCAAUCUCCGAAUUGAUUCCCAAAUGUCAUCCAUUGGGCAGCUUCGAGCAAAUGGAAGCCAUUCAUGUUGCUGCAACACCAGCUGAAUUGUACAAUGCAGUGCUGGUUGACACACCACUAGCUCCAUUCUUUGUUGAUUGCAUUUCAGAACAAGAUUUGGAUGAAAUGAACAUUGAGAUCAUUCGUAAUACUUUGUACAAGGCCUACCUAGAAGCUUUUUAUGAAUUCAGCAAGAAGAUAGGUGGCUCCACUGCCGAUGUCAUGUGCGAAAUAUUGGCUUUUGAAGCCGAUCGCCGUGCUAUAAUUAUUACCAUUAACUCCUUCGGCACUGAAUUGUCAAAGGAUGACCGCGCUAAGCUGUAUCCUCGCUGCGGUCAUAUGCACCCGGAUGGUUUAGCUGCAUUAGCACGUGCCGAUGACUACGAACAAGUGAAGACCGUGGCCGAGUAUUAUGCUGAAUAUGCCGCACUGUUUGAUGGUUCUGGCAACAAUCCUGGCGACAAGACACUUGAAGAUAAAUUCUUUGAGCAUGAAGUCAAGCUUAAUGUCUUCGCUUUCAUGCAACAGUUCCACUUCGGCGUCUUCUACGCGUACUUGAAGUUAAAAGAGCAAGAGUGCCGCAACAUUGUGUGGAUUUCGGAGUGUGUGGCACAGAAGCAUCGCGCGAAAAUCGACAACUACAUACCCAUUUUCUAAAUUGUAUCCAUAAAUUUUUGUUGUUCUUUCGGGUUGUUGCUGUCGCUCGUGUAUGUUUUGCACUUUGGUCGAUCAAAAUAAAUAAACUGAGUUUUGUUCGAUUGAAAUCGUUGCAUACAAAAUCACGAGCAUUUUAAUAGUUAACAGUAUCUUUUUGUGUAUAUAUAUACAAAUAUGUAUGUAAUUUGUUUGUCUUGUAAUACGAGUGGUAUACAUUAAAGGCAAAAUUUCCAAAAUUUUUGUUUCAGUAUAAACUAUUUGCUGAUUAAUAUUUCAUGUGCAUAUCGACAUGCAUAAAAGUUUAAAAACAUACAUAGGAAAAACAUAAUUGCAUAUAUAAAUGUAAACUAACUGUAUUAAAUACCCCAUUGUGCAAAUAUACAUAUAGAACAUA